UCAACAUCGACGGCAUACCAGCAUCAUAGUUACGUGUUGUAAAGUUGUAAUGGUAUUAUUAUUUACUAUUUAUUAUAAUAUUGAUAAUGUUGAAAAUUAAUAAAUUCUCUACAGAUAUAUUCAGUGUUUAUUGUAAAUUAUAAUAUUACAGUUUAUUUUAGUUACCUGCAUGUUAGAAAAUAUACUGUAAACUUUUUUUUAGUGUCUAGUGUCGUUAAUUUGAUAAAAAUUUUUCUUAGAAACGUUUAUUGUUUAUAUUGUUUAAUAUAUUUGCUUUAACCUAAGCCCACCAUCAACAAUGAAUUUGAAGUAUUCCUGGAUAAUAUUAUAUCCAUGUUUAUUUUUCGGAUCCGGCAUUUCCUGUGACAGAAAACUCGUAAGACGACAAGUUGUAUCAUCUUGCUCAGUAGACACUGAGGAUAAGUUUUAUUGUUCCAAUGGACUGCGUAUUGAAUGGUCGUGGAUUUGUGAUGGUCGUAAGGAUUGUUCAGAUGGUUCAGAUGAAACCAAAGAGCUGUGUGCUCGGUAUGAGUAUGGGACAAAUAUGACCACAAAUUGCGGUAAAGUGUAUGGCAAUGACAGUGAAUUGAUUGACAGUGGUACAGAAUCACUUGUCGGAAAGUUAACAUGGGUGGUUGGAAUAUAUGAAUUAUCUGACGAUAUCAAAAAAAAUAUUAUUACUUGUGAAGGAUCAAUUAUUGCUCCAAAUGUAGUAAUUUCUGCUGCACAAUGUUUUGAGCAAGAAGGUAUGUUAUCUAAGCAAAUAUCAGUAAAGGAUAGACCAUACGGAAUCGUAGUUGUAGGAUAUCAAGAUAAUUCUAUUGUUAAAGAUCACUAUACUCAAGUAGCGAUCGUGGAAAUGAUUUACCUGAAAGAAUGUUACCUUGGAUCUAGUGGGUAUCAAACUGAAAAUAUAGCUGUUAUUGUAUUACGAAAUUCAAUUACCAUGAAUUAUUAUGUUACCCCUGUUUGUAUCGAUUGGAAUAGUAUAUAUAAUGUUAAAAAUGGUGAUCAGGGAAAGAUUGUUUUUUCAAAUAUUGACACCAUAAAUGGCACAAGUAAAUUUGUUUUAAUAGACAAACUGAUUCAAUACAUCGACCAUACUACUUGUCAAAAAAUGUAUUCCAACGGAUUUCUACAGUUUCUGACUUUUGAUAAGUUUUGUACAGAUAAUAAAUUGGGACAAAGCAUGAUUAAUGCAUAUGCUGGAUCAGGUAUAAGCUUUUUACACGAUAAUUCUUAUUAUUUAACCGGGAUACUAAGUGUUACGAAUUAUUUAAGCAACGAUACAGUCAUAGGUUUCACAGACAUCAAAUACCAUGUUCAAUGGAUUCGUGGAAUUUUAAAUAAACAUUUUACAAUGAAUAUAUGCGUUUUACCAAUCGUUGAAGGUGUUGUAUAUUCUUAUGAGGGUUCUAAUGAAAUUUUAUCUCACGGCACAUUAAUUAGUCAGAAAGUUACUGUUAUUGAGAAUUGUGAAGUUGGAUAUCAUAAGGCUUAUACCAAUGGUUUUAGGAUUUGUCUGGGAAAAGGAAAAUGGUUAUCCAAUUUUGAGAAAUUAUGUUUGAAAAUGUGUCCACCUCUAGAAUCAAAUAGUUUAGAUAUUAAAUGUAGUCAUAAUGGUAAGUAUGCUAAUUGUUCAAAUUUAUCUAUACCCGAUACAAUAGCAACAGCAUCUUGUAAGCAAACAUAUAUUGCACCGCACGGAGAAGAUCUGACUCCAUUUGAAUUACUUUGUCAGUCGAAUGGAACGUGGAAUAAACAACUAUAUAGAUGCAAUCCAUAUUGUGGUAGAGAAUAUAUAACAAACAAAGUAUUAAUCGACAAUGGUGAAAAAGCACCUGUUGGAACUGCACCUUGGAAUGUCGGGUUAUAUCGCUUUAAUAAAAAUAAUUCCAAUUAUGAUUUGAUUUGUGGAGGAUCAAUUAUUUCUCCAAAUUUAGUAGUUUCUGCGGCUCAUUGUUUUUGGCCAAAAGGCAUGUUAUCUAAAAACUUUUCAAUAAACAUCAGUUUAUACAAAAUUGCUGUCGGAAAAUAUUCUAGAGAUUUUUCAGUAAUUGACAAUGAUUUUACUCAAAUAUUUAAUGUAGAAAUGAUUCACCUGAAUAAAGAUUAUCAUGGACCUACUGGGUAUCAUGCUAAAGAUAUAGCUAUUAUUGUUUUGCAAAAUAGAGUUUAUUUUAGUAAUGGUGUUGCACCUGUUUGUAUGGAUUGGAGUGGUAAAUACAAUGUAGUCAAUGGAGAUCACGGAAAGAUUGUUGGUUGGGGAAAAACUGAAAAAGGCAUUUCAAGUCCUAUUUUAUUAGAAGCAUCUUUACCAUACAUUGACCAUAGUUCUUGUCGGAAUAUGUAUACAAACGGAUUUGAAUUAUUUGUGACUGUUGAUAAAUUUUGUGCUGGUUCUGAAUUGGUUUCAGGACAAGGAGUAAAUAAGGGAGAUAGCGGUGCAGGAUUAAGCUUUAACCACUCUGAUUUUUAUUAUUUAACCGGAGUAGUGAGUAUAAAGGAUCCAGAUACAAAAAACUCAAUCGCUGUUUUUACCGAAGUUAAAUAUCAUAUUCAAUGGAUUCAUGAACUCUACAACAAACAUAAUAUCUAAUUCCAAUGAGAUUAGAUAAAAUAUUUUUUUUAAUUUGUAAUUGAAAUCAAUAUUUGUAUUAAUCAGUUUUUACUUAUGCGUAACAGUUUUUAACUAAUAGUAACACAUAAUCAUCAUUAAAAUAAAAACAGUACGUGUCAUAAAUCAUAAUACAUAAGUAGUAUCUAAGUAUUAUAUACAGAGUGAUCCAACAAGACAAGCAUGGUUCCUCGACUGUUUCUUUAAUUAUGAAGUUGUCUUAAUCUGAUUUUUUGAAUCUUUAAAUAUACACAAAGACCAUUAUUA